CAGCACGCUUGCAAUGCUCCCAACAAACUAGUGCGUAAAGACGGAUUUUUAUCAGUUUGUGUAUAAAGAAAACUGCAAAUAACAAUAGAAACUAAUUUAUCAUGUUGGAGGGAACGAAGAUAAACAGUCCAUCCCAAAUGGCAAGCGUUUUCGACGUCGCUAAAGACACAGUACUAUUUCUUUUGCUGUCAUGCUAUUACAUUUUGGAAUCACUGUUCUGGACUUUAAUACCAAACGCGUUGCGGCCUAUGAAGAGUCUCAAAGGAGAUGUGGUUUUGGUAACGGGAGGCGGCGGUGGAGUUGGGCGACAGUUAGCAAUCAAACUAGCCAAGCUUGGAGCCAAGGUUGUUAUAUGGGAUAUUAACAUUGAAGGUUUGAAGAAGACUUGCGAAGAAGUGAUCAACGAAGGUCACGAAAUAGCCAGUUAUGUUGUGGACCUGGCAGAUCGCAAUGCAGUGUAUGCGGCCGCAGAAAAAGUAAAGAAAGAGGUGGGAAAAGUGGAUGUACUCAUUAACAAUGCCGGCACCGUAUUUGGGGAAACUCUGCUGGAACUCGCCGACUCCGCAAUAGAAACUACCUAUAAAGUUAACAUCCUCUCACAUUACUGGACAGUCAGAUCGUUCCUCCCCGACAUGAUUGAAACGGGCAAGGGGCACAUAGUGACGGUGGGCUCUGUAGCGGGACUACUCGGCACUUACCGUUGUACAGACUAUAGUGGCACUAAAUUCGCCACUGUUGGUUUCCACGAGAGCCUAUUCACUGAACUUAGAGCUCAUGGACACAAUACCAUACAAGCGACGCUCGUGUGCCCUUACUACAUCAACACUGGCAUGUUCCAUGGGGUCACACCACGUCUCAUGCCGAUGUUGGAGCCUGACUAUGUUGCGGAAACCAUGAUAGAUUCCAUCAGAAAGAAUGAAGUCAAUUGCAUCAUGCCUGGUUCCGUCAGAUAUUUACUUCCACUCAAAUGCUUACUUCCUGCAAAAAUGUGCUGGGAUCUCAUGCAUCGAGUAAUGAAAGGACCACAGUCCAUGAUGGAGUUCAAAGGAAAAUCUAGAGUUGCCGUAAAAUGAGAUUAGUGUGACUGUUUAUCACUUAUGAAAUUAGUGAUAUUAUUUCAAUUUACAUUAAUAACUGACAUAUUAUUAUGUCUAUAAGAAAAUUUAUCUUUAAUCAGGGACGGUACAU